AAUUCGGCCUCGACUUCCAGGUCGAAUUCAGCGGCGGAUUCCUACAUAGGAAGCUUGAUAAGCUUGACUUCCAAGAGUGAGAUCAGAUAUGAAGGCGUCCUUUACAACAUCAACACUGAGGAGUCCAGUAUUGGAUUGAAAAACGGUAACCGCUUCUCUUAGUUGGGAAGAUUUUGGGUUUUCCCCGGUAAAAUCGCUUUGUUUUCCAGGGAUUUUGCUUGGAGUUGAGUUGAUUUUAACUGCAUCGGCCAAGAUGUUGCUUCAUCGUUGCAGCUCAAGGGUUAGAAAAUAUUGAAUGAAAUUGGCGGUUUCUAGAUUCGUAUUCCUUCUGUUGGAGUACUGAUUAACCACCAUUGAAGAUUCCAUGGAUCAAUUGUAGAGGUACUUGUGCACUCCUGUAUUUGGAUGAAAGAGAUCAAUACGGGAGCAUUCCUCUAUCAAGCUGGAUGAUAAUUUUAGUCGAUCAACUCGAUAAGUAAGGUGAGUGUAAAGGGGGGUAAAUUCUACGCCUUACGUAUUCUUUUAAGUAUUUUAGCGAAUUGGUUACCGUUGAUUGGUUAUCUGUAUGAUUGAUUAUGUGUGCUUUGCUUGAGUUAUGGGUUAGGGUGUUUCAAUACAUAACUAGAUCCUAUCAUUAGAGCGACUCCAGUAUACCAAGGCAGGUCAAGUUUAUGGUCUUAUUCAAAUGGAGUGUUGUGAUAGAAGGAGGUUACUGUGGUUGGUUCUAUUGGGAUCAUGCACCAAAAACUUCUUCAGUUGUUCCACUCCUCGUCUAUUGGUGGUCAUUCUAGAGCUGAAGGUACUUAUCACCACCAUAAAUCUCACUUCUAUUGGCCUGGUCUAAAGUCUGCAGUACGCCAGUCAAUAUAGAAUUGUGACGUUUGUCAACGAUAUAAGGAUGAAACGGUGCCUUCUCCAUGUUUAUUACAUCCCAUUCCCUUUCCUAAUCGUGCUUGGAAGGAUAUUAGUCUUGAUUUUGUGGAAGGGUUGCCAACUCUCGUGGGAAGGAGGUUUUGAUGGUCGUAGUGGACAGAUUUAUUGAAUAUGCUCAUUUCUUUGCUCUAAAACAUCCAUAUACAACCAUUGAAGUUGCCCAAGUUUUUUUAUGGGGUCUUCAAGCUUCAUGGUAUGCCUUAUACAAUUGUAUCAGAUAGGGAUGCAGUGUUUACAAGUUCUUUUUUACAGAGUUCUUCAAGUUGCAGCACACUUAUCUUAUGUUUUCCAUAGCCUAUCACCCUCAGACAGAUGGCCAAAUGAAGCGGGUGAAUUGCUGCCUCGAGGAAAGGGGAGGUUUUAUACUAGGUUUCUUGUGUUUCAAUGUGUUUCAGAGUCUAACAAGUGAAACCAACCCCGGAGUCGAAAGUUGGAAGAAAAGGAGCAAAUACCAGGCAAAGAGGAGGAUUCAGCCAGAGUUUACGAUCCAUCAUUGGAGUUCACGGUCGCCAGUAUCAUGAACUGGAACCACAAACCGUGAAUAGCAAAGCGUUCGCAGGGGUUUCUAAGGUUACUAACACCAAGGCAGUUCACGGUCGCUAAGACCGUGAACUGGAACCACAAACCAUGAACCCAAGAAGUGAAGCGGUGCAUUUUGAUCCAACUCAGUGAGUUUAUGGACGCGUUCUGAUGUUCAUGGCCGUGAACUGGGACCGUGAACUAGGGUUUGCUCCAAGUGAAGAUUUUGGGAAGUUCCUCUUCUUUGGAGGAUCUCUAGAAGCACAAGGAGAGUUGGUGGCAUCACAAUGAUGGUUUCUUUCUUCCUCUUUUGUGUUCUUCCUUUGUCUAGCAUGGAAUAGUUUCUCUUUUCACUUGAGUGUUGUAGAACCUAAGUACUAUCAUGUAAUUGAUUUUAUGGAUUGAAUGAUUGUGUGUUGGUGGUGUUUAAUUUAAGAAUUGAGGUAUUUUUCAUGGUGAUUGUGCAUAUUGUUUUCUAGGCAAUCUAUUGUGCUAUUUUAACCUAGAUUAGAGAGAAGCCCCCUUAUCUUAAGAGGCUUAAAAUUGAGCUGGUUUUCUUAGGCAUUCCAUGCCACCUAACUAAGUUAAUGAAGGGAAAACCUCUACUUGAAUUAGACACCUAGGUUGAUUGUGAUUAUGCCGUCCAAGCCUUGGUUUUAGGGAGAAGGUAAGUCAACCCUCAAUUUCUUGCACCAAGAGGGCUACAAUUGUUGCCUCUAAUGCUUACCUUGGCCUAGCAAUUGAGAGGAUGGUUUCUAACCAUUGUUGCACCUCCUAUGGGUCACAAUUGGCUUGUCACACAGCGGUUCAUUCGAUCCCACGGUUCCUGGUAGUUAGUUAGUGGGAAGCAACACCCGAGUGAAGCUUCUCACCAAGAGUUUUCCACCCUUUUACUUUUCAAAGUCUUGCUUCGAAAUCGUAAAUUGUAGAGAUUUCAACAAAAAACAAUCUGCUAGAUAAUGUUUCAAACAAUCGAAGUAGGGGUACAUGGGCUAACCCGGGUUGAUACUUAAACAUACUUUCUCAAUAUUGCACCCAUCUAAGGUUACUUGGACCUUAGGUGGGAUUUUAUUAUGAUAUUCGGAGCGAGUCAAGUUUUUGGCUCCGUUGCCAGGGACUUCGGUCCGCUAUCUUGAAAAUAUUGUUUGGUGUUAAUCUAGCUUUUAUUUUCAGUUUUGCAAAGUGUGAAUUGUUGCUUGUGCUAGACAUGUUGUGUUCUUUAAGUGUGUGUACGGAGGUGCAUAACCUGGAGCAAUCCUGUGCCUUUAACCCCACUGGACGAGGACAUCAACCGGACUCACCAACUUUUAGCUCGAGAGAGGGAGCUAGCGGAGGCAAGAAGGAUAAUUGAAGAGAGGGGACAACAAGUUGGUCCCGGAUUUGAAGAAAUUUAAGGAGAAGUUGAAGUUGAGAUGGCGGGGAAUCAACAUCGAGGUGCUAAUCCGCUUCAAAGCCAAAAUAAGGAAGCGGGACUAUGGGCUAUUACUUGGCUCCACGGGCGGCGGAUAUCCAAUCUCAUAUCCUAGAUCCACCAGUGGAAGCCAACAACUUUGAAAUAAAGCCUGCUAUCGUGACAAUGAAUCAAAACAAUGCCUUAUUCCACGGGCUUGCCAAAGAGCCGCCGCGAGAUCAUGUCAAAAGGCUUCUUGAGCUUGCGGGAAGCUUGAAGAUAAAUGGCGUCCCCGAGGAGGCAUUGCAACUGAGGCUAUUCCCAUAUUCUUUGGUGUAGAAUGCCCUCCGAUGGCUCCACAACCGUCAUGCUGGAUCCAUCACCUCUUGGGACGAUUUACUCAACAAGUUCAUGACCCGAUAUUGCCUUCCUUCCAAGAUGCCCGAGUGGAGGAAGAAGAUUACUCACUUUGAGCAAGAGGAAGAUGAGACGUUGAGGGAUGCAUGGGAAAGAUUCUCCUAAUACUUCCUUCAAUGCCUCCACCAUGGAUUCGAGGAGAAAUUUCUGAUAGAGACUUUCUAUGGUGGUCUCAUUACAGAUGAUACGAUUCUCAUUGACACUCUUUGACAAGGGAAGUUGAUGAAAAUUACCCCACCUCAAGUGACCGAGUUACUCGAAGAUGUGGCUCUCAAAGGAUAUGAUUGGGGCUUGACAAGAAGUGGUAAGAGAAGCACCAAAAGAGGAGUGUGAAGUGUGGGAGCAAGUACUCCACUUGAAGCAAAGCAGGACAAGUUGAUCGAGGUGAUCCUUGAGGACAAGAAGCAAGGGAAGAGAGCAGUGAUGUCUUGUGAUUGGUGUUCAAGCAAAAAUCAUGAAAUUGAAGAUUGCCAAGUGAUGAAGGAGACAAGUACCCCUGAGGAGCAAGUGAGUUUCAUUGCCAAUAUUAGAGAGAACAACCCUUAUAGCAACACCUACAACCCCGGGUGGCGCAAUCAUCCAAACUUUGCUUGGUCUUCCCCUACCGAUCCAAGACCUAUCGGUUUCCAAGGUCCAAACGAAAACUAUAAACCUCGGCAAACUUUCAUCCAACAAAGGCCUCAAUUCCAAAACUCGAACUUCCAACAACCAUACCAAGCACAAGGUGUGCAACGGUUUCAACAACAACAACAAGUCAACAAGCUCUCAGAAGUUCGAGAAGAUUGAGCCUUUCAUGGAUGUGGCAACCUCCAAGUUUACCUCAGUUGAGGCGGGACUAUGAAGUCAUUAAGCAAGUAUCUAGAACUUGGAAGUGCAAAUCGGCAAUCUUGCCGGGAUGCUCACUGAGAGACCAAAGGGAGCCCUACCCUCUCAAACCAUUACAAACUCCAAGGAUCAUGUCGGGGUGAAUACAAUUCAUUUGAGAAGUGGGAAGGUGACUCCAGAGGUAGUUGCCAAAGAAGUGAAUGAGAACGAAGACCCUUUACCCGAGGGUGGAUAAGAAGAAACCUCGGGAGAAAAGAGAGGAGUGGCGAGGAAGGCAUCCCCAACACAACCCCCUGUGGCUGACUACACGCCACCCCUACCUUUUCUCAUGAGUUUGCACAUGGAAAGAUUGGUAGCGGAAUAUGGAGGUUUCGUGGAGAUGCUGAAAGCUCCACCUCAACAUUCCCUUCCUUGAGGCAAUGGCCCACAUGCCAAGGUAUUCAAAAUACCUUACGGGGCUUCUCUCCAAGAAGCCAAAGUUCGAAGAGCUUGCCAAUGUCACCCUAGGCGUGGAGUUCUAAGCCUUCAUCCUCAAGAAGAUGCCUAAGAAGCAACCCGAUCCAGGUAGUGUCAGCAUACCUCUUUGCAUUGGUACUCAUCAUAUAGAAAAUUCCUUGGCGGGCUAAGGGGCGAGAAAAAAUGCGAUGCCAUUUA